UCGUGGUCUUUAGUACUAAAGUGCGCAUAGCUUGAACAUUAUUUUCAAGUUUAGAUAAUAUUGUUUCCUGUUUUUGGCUAGGAAUGUCAACACUGCUUCAAAGAUUAAACAAAACUAUUAAUUCAUCAUCUUUAUCAAAAUCAUUUGCAAUAAUUAGCAAAAUGUGUUCCAACAACACUUCAGUACAUAGCGCAUCUGUAGAUGAGGUGCAUGAUGUACCUAUGAGUGAAAUACACCGACCGAUUCCAUCGAUUUUAGAUGAAGAAAAAGUACAAUCUUUAAUGGCAACUUUGGAGAUUGAAGAAUCUCAAGGCAACGUCCCACCAAUUGAUGUACUCUGGAUUAAAGGAACUGAAGGAGGCAACUACUUCUAUAGUUUUGGAGGCUGUCAUCGAUUUGAAGCUCAUAAACGACUACAACGACCAACCAUCAAAGCUAAAUUAGUUACGUCUACACUAACUGAUUUAAGACAUUAUAUGGGAUCAAGUACUCCGCAAAAUUUAAAGUGAAAAUAUAUAAAAACUUUUAAAUUGUAAAUUAAUUUAAGGACAAAUGUUGUAUGAGUUUGGAUUAUUUGAAAUCAAUGUUUAAUUUUAAUAUUUUCUUAUUCAUUUUCUAAAAAAAAAACUAAAAAACUAAUAUGUUACUUGUAAACUAUAUUUUUUUAUAAUUGACAAACUUAAGGAAAAAGAAAACAAAAUAAACUUUUUUAAAGAAU